AUGAGUCCAAAAGUCGCUGCUGGUUUUGUGAUUUUCCGAUAUGUAUCAAACAAUAUUGAGUAUCUUUUAUUGCAAACUUCUUAUGGUAUUCAUCAUUGGACACCCCCAAAAGGCCACGUUGACCCAGGUGAAACCGAUCUAGUAACAGCUUACCGUGAAACCAUUGAAGAAUCGGGUCUACAAAAAUCAGACAUAAAAGUUUACGAAGACACAAAAAUGACACUUAAUUAUCAAGUAAAAGGUAAACCAAAAAUUGUACACUAUUGGCUAGCGGAAUUAAUUAACCCCUCGGCCAAAGUAAAAUUGUCACAUGAGCAUCAGGAUUUCAAAUGGUUACCAUUGAAGGAAGCUUGCGAGAUUGUUGGGUAUAAAGAUAUGCAAGAUGUUUUAGUGAAUUUUGAGAAUUAUUUAAAGAAGAAUUAA